UCUGGUUUCAUAACUAAACAUAAAAGACUAGAAGAAAAUGAGAAAUAAUGUCGUUGGAGAAUACGAAGAGGUGUUCCGAAGCUUUGAUGAAGACAGCGACGGGAAGAUAUCACCGGCAGAGUUGCGUUCCUGCAUGAGGAUAAUAGGCGAUGAGAUGGCUUUGGAGGAAGCUGAAGCUUUGGUUAAGUCUUUGGAUUCGGACGGUGAUGGGCUGCUGGAAAUGGAGGAGUUCUUCAAGUUGGUUGAAGUUGAAGGAGGCGAGGAAGAGGAGAAGGAGCUGAGGGAGGCCUUUGCGAUGUAUGAGAUGGACGGGGAAGGAUGCAUCACUCCUAAGAGUCUGAAGCGAAUGCUGAGCAGGCUGGGCGCGUCAAGAGAUCUAUACACUUGUGAGUUUAUGAUUCAGAGGUUCGACAUUAAUGGUGAUGGGGUGCUUUGUUUCGAAGAGUUCAAGACCAUGAUGGCGAUUUGA